AUGCCGCCGAAAGGUGCUCCGGCGGCGAAAACCUCAGCAAAGGACACAAAAUCUGGUCCGAAAGCGCCACCCAAGCGACGAGGAGGUCCAAGCAAAAGCGUGAAAUUCCAAGAUGAUGCGCAACCUCAACCCAAGGCAGCGCCGAAGCAGAAGCAGCAGAAUGCGUCGACCCAAGAUCAAGCGGCCCAUCCGCCGGUCGGCUCAGAGCACGAUAUGGACUCCCUGCUCAAGCCCUUCUACUACAGCAAGAGCCUCACGGACCCGAUAAACACCGCGCGAGACAAAUGGAACCUCCUACCCGCCUUCCUCCGAGUCAAAGGUCUGGUCAAGCAGCACAUCGAUUCAUUUAACUACUUCACCGAGCAGGGGCUGAAACGGAUCGUGGAGGCCAACCGGCUUGUUGCGAGCGAGACGCUUCCCAUGGGCAACGAAAAGGCGAAAUGGGUGCUUUUUAAGGACAUUCGAGUCGGCGAUCCGAUUCGAGCCAUCGACUAUGGCAAGGGCUACGUCGAUAAUACAUUCACCCCCAACGAGUGCCGACUCCGCGACUUGACUUAUGCCGCACCGAUCUUCGUGGACAUCGAGUAUCCAAAGCAGUCAGGCGGCAGGAUGUUGAAGAAGAACAUCAUGAUCGGGCGACUGCCGAUCAUGCUGCGAAGCAACAAGUGUGUCCUGGCUGGCAAAUCUGAAGCAGAGAUGGGGAAGCUCCACGAGUGUUCGAUCGAUCCCGGCGGGUACUUCAUCGUGCGGGGACAGGAGAAGGUCAUCCUGGUUCAGGAGCAGCUGAGCAAGAACAGAGUUAUUGUGGAGUCGAUGAAAGGUAUCAUCCAGGCUUCUGUCACCAGUCACACCGCCAACGUCAAGACCAAGACGUACGUCUUGCUGAAGAAGAACGUCUUGGUUCUGCAACACAACUCCUUCAACGAGCCGAUCCCUAUUACCAUCGUACUCCGAGCGAUGGGCAUACAGUCAGACCACGAGAUCCUUCUGCUCACCGCCGGCAAUGACUCGCAAUACCAGGACGACUUUGCGCCCAACAUCGAGCUGGCAGCACAGGCUGGCGUCUUGACACAGGAGCAAGCUCUAGACUACAUUGCUGUGAGACUGAAGAGCGACCGGUAUCCUCAGAGAGGCGGAGCGCCACGGUCAUCCAAGCAAUGGGCUUUGGACAAGCUGUCCCACACCAUCAUCCCUCAUGUGCCAGUCACAGGCAUGAACUUCCGGCCCAAAGCUUUAUACAUCGCCUUCAUGGCCCGACGUGUGCUUAUGGCGAUGAACAACCCAAAGCUGGUGGACGACCGUGACUACGUUGGUAACAAGCGUCUGGAGUUGGCCGGGCAGAUGCUGUCGCUGCUGUUCGAAGACUUGUUCAAGGACUUCACCAAAAAUAUAAAGAUGAACAUGGACAAGUCGUUGAGGCGGUACAACCCGGUAUCUGAGUGGGAUCCUGUGCCUUUCUUGGAGCAGUUUGCGAGUCGGAUAACGGGAGGCAUGGAACGAGCCAUCGCGACCGGCAACUGGACGCUGCGCCGUUUCAAGAUGGACAGAGCUGGCGUCACCCACGUCCUGAGCCGUUUGAGCUACAUCAGCGCCCUCGGCAUGAUGACCAGAAUCAGCAGUCAAUUCGAAAAGACGCGAAAGGUCGCUGGUCCUCGUGCGUUGCAGCCCUCGCAAUUCGGCAUGCUCUGCACGUCCGACACCCCCGAGGGCGAAUCGUGCGGUCUGAUCAAGAACUUGGCGCUCAUGACGCACAUCACCACCGCCGACGACGAAGACGUCGUGCGCAAAAUCGUCUACAUCCUCGGCGCAGAGGACGUCAGCUCAGCUUUCGGCGGCGAGAUUUACGAAUUCGGCGCAUACGUCAUCUUCAUCAACGGCACACCCAUCGCCCUGACACGGCAUCCGAAGCAGUUCCUCGUCAAUUUCCGCAAGUUCAGGCGGGUGGGCAGGAUAUCGGAGUUCGUCAGCAUCUACAUCAACCACCACCACAACGGCGUACACAUCGCGACCGACGAGGGCCGGAUCUGCAGACCGAUGAUUGUGGUCGAGAAUGGCAAGUCGAAGGUCACUGCGCGCUUCCUGGAGUCUCUACGGAAGGGUACUGUGGACUUUGACGACGCUCUGUCGCGCGGUAUUGUCGAGUAUCUGGACGUCAACGAAGAGAACGACUCGAACAUCGCCAUCUAUGAAGACCAGAUUGGACCUCAUACUACCCAUCUUGAGAUCGAGCCGUUCACAAUCCUCGGAGCCGUCGCUGGGCUCAUUCCGUAUCCUCAUCACAACCAAUCCCCAAGGAACACCUAUCAAUGUGCUAUGGGUAAGCAAGCCAUUGGCGCCAUCGCCUACAACCAGUUCACACGCAUCGACACGCUGCUCUACCUCAUGGUCUACCCUCAAAAGCCUAUGGUCAGCACACGCACAAUCGAGCUCGUCAAGUACGACAAGCUCCCAGCUGGUCAGAAUGCCAUCGUGGCAGUCAUGUCAUACUCAGGCUACGACAUUGAGGAUGCCCUCGUGUUGAACAAGGCCUCCUGCGAUCGAGGCUUCGGACGAUGUCAAGUCUUCAAAAAGCUCAGCAUACCUCUCAAGACCUACAACAACGGCUUCCAAGACCGCAUCGGCACCCGCGAUCCCAAGAGUACUCGCCACAACAAAAUCGGCAACGACGGCGUGGUCGAAGUGGGCCAACUCAUCGAGUCGGGCGACGCAUACAUGCUCAAGGAAACCCCACAACAGCAACACAUGGCCGUCCCAAACCGCGAGCAAACCUGGUCCGCUCAGCAUAUGUCCUACAAGCUCCCGGACCCCUGCUACGCCGACAAAGUCAUGAUCUCCACCAACGAGUCCGAUACCCGCGUCCUCAAGAUCCAGACCCGUCAAACCCGCCGCCCGGAGAUUGGCGACAAGUUCUCCUCCCGCCAUGGCCAAAAGGGCGUCGUGGGCCUCAUCGCCGAGCAAGCCGAUAUGCCGUUUACGGACUCCGGCGUCGUGCCGGACAUCAUCAUGAACCCGCACGGUUUCCCCUCCCGCAUGACGGUGGGUAAAAUGCUCGAACUCGUCUCCGGCAAAGCGGGCGUCGUGGCGGGCAAGCAGGAAUACGGCACCGCGUUCGGCGGCUCCAAGAUCGAAGACAUGGGCGCCGAGCUCGUGAAACACGGCUUCAGCUACUCCGGCAAAGACUUCGUCACCUCGGGAAUCACAGGCGAGAGCUUACCGUCCUACGUCUUCUUCGGCCCCAUCUACUACCAGAAGCUCAAACACAUGGUCCAAGACAAAAUGCACGCGCGCUCCACCGGCCCCCGCGCCAUCCUCACGCGCCAGCCGACCGAAGGUCGCUCUCGCGCCGGUGGUCUGCGAUUGGGUGAAAUGGAGCGCGAUUGCCUGAUCGCCUACGGCGCUUCACAGCUUUUACUCGAACGACUCAUGCUGUCCAGCGACGCGCAUGAGGUCGAUGUGUGCCAGAACUGCGGGAUGAUGGGGUAUAACAGCUGGUGUCAGACGUGUCAGGACAGCGGGCGCGUGGUCAAGGUGACGAUGCCGUAUGCGGCCAAGUUGCUGAUUCAGGAGUUGAUGAGUAUGAAUGUUCGGGCGAAGGUGGAGUUGGAGGAUCGGUAUCCGCGGAGGGGGAAGGAGGAGGGAGGGGAGGUGGAGGAUGGGGACUGGUAG